AUGGUGGCCCUGAUCACCCCCUUCACCAAUGAUAAGACCAAGAUUGACGAAGCCCGCCUCCAAGCCCACAUCGAGUACCUUAUCAAGGCCGGUGUGCAUGGUCUCGUGCCAGGUGGCAGCACUAGCGAGUUCACAGUCAUGAUAACCACUGAGCGUAUAGGUAGUAUAUCCUCUACCGAAGCUAUUAAACUAUCUAAGUAUACCGGUAAAGCUAGUGCUACUAUUAUCCCCGGUGGUGUCUGGGGUGUUGUGAACUUUAUUCCUAAGUUGGCUGUUGAGCUUUAUAAGGCUAUCUCUAUUUAG